ACUAAGAAAUGCGCAACAGAUAUACCUGUUGCUGGCUGUGUGUUAUGAUCACAGAGUGCAAAUUAUUAUAAUGUGAUUUAUAUUUUGUACGUUGUGGUAUAUACGGACUUCAACGCUCCUGGCGAGGUCCCUAUCGGGGCUGUCUUAUAGUUCUCUGUGCAGGAAACUCUCACUCAGAUCUGGUCACACUGAGCCGAGGCUCACUUGACAGCAGCUGUGAACCUUAGACAUAGACACCUGUAAACAUGGGGAUGCAAGCUCAAACUCUUGUUUCUGCAAAAUGGCUUGCAAACAUGGUCAACCGAAACCUUGUUGGACCUGGUCUGCGGAUCCUGGACACGUCCUGGUACCUGCCCACGAUGAACCGAGACGCCAAGAAGGAGUUUGCAGAAACUCACAUCCCAGGAGCGUCUUGUUUCGACAUUGACGAGUGCUCAGACAAAACCUCAAAGUACGAUCAUACGCUCCCAAGUGAGCAGUUUUUUGCAGACUAUGUAGGGAAUUUGGGCAUUGGAAAUGGCAGCCAUGUGGUUGUUUACGACGCCAGUGACUUCGGGGCGUUUUCCUGCACCAGGGUUUGGUGGAUGUUCCGCUUGUUUGGACACCCUCAAGUGUCGGUGCUCAACGGGGGUUUUAGGGACUGGGUCAAGCGAGGAUAUCCGACAACAGGCACGUACACCCGGCCUGAAGGGGCGCGCUUCACCGCCACCAUGAACCGCUCCUGGGUGAAGUCAUUUGAGGACAUGACAGAGAACAUUAACACACAACAGUUCCAGGUGGUGGAUGUGAGGCCCCGGGAGAGGUUCCUUGGCUUGGAACCAGAACCAAGAGAGGGUGUCAAAUCGGGUCACAUCCCCGGCUCUAAAUGCAUGCCUUUCUGGGAGUUCCUUGAUAAAGACGGCAUGAUGCUCCCCCCGAAGAAGCUGAGGAAGUUCUUUGAGAAGUCACAGAUCGACCUGAACAAGCCUCUCAUUGGAACCUGUGGCUCCGGAGUGACGGCCUGUCACAUGGUGCUGGCUGCUCACCUGUGUGGGGCCCCGGGGGCCUCUGUGUACGACGGAUCCUGGGAUGAGUGGUUCACCAAAGCUCCACCUGAGCAUGUCGCCACCGUGGUCAAACCAGAGAUUUAAUUUACCUAUCAGCAUUUAAAAAAAAUAAUUCACACUGGCAUACUGAUACAUUCUAAUUGUGAUCACAAUUAUAUAAGCUUCCAGAAAUAAACUUAAGUAUAUGCUGUGCGUGCUUGUUACAGAAUCUGAAUGUGGAUUCAAAGAGGUCCGAUUAUAAUUUAUUGUGGCUUUCCCUUUUCUGUAGUGUGUGCUAUAGGUUUUGUGCAUGUAAAUGGUCGGCAAAGGCCAAAAUCCCAAAGUUCCCUCUAAAGGGAGUUUCUCUCCCACAAACUCUAACUGUGUUUUUAAACAUGUUAAAAAGAACUACUACCGUCCUUCUACAGUCCUUAUUUACUGAAAACAAAUCUGAUGCUGCUAUUUUCAAUUUAGCUCAUUUCAGCACAUUUUGAGCUUUUUCUACUCCUGCACUUGCCCCAUGUGGGUUCUUGUGGAAAUGUAUCCACAUGGCACAGCCUGCUGGUACUAUGAGGUAAUGCACUUAAAAGAAUGUGCCCUUGAACACUUUGAUAGGUCCAGUUUGUAUGUCAAAGCCUUUUACCUAACAGUUAUAAACUGUCCUAGAUGAAGCAUUUUAGAAGGUAAAACAAAUUAGUCUUGAUAUGUGAUUUGAAAUAAACCUAUUUUUUUAUGUUGACAAUUUCUUAUUAAUAAAUGCAAGUUUAAGAA